AUGAAUCGCAAAGGCUUAGGGGCUGCCGUACAACGUACGACCCUCGAAGAAUACCUCGGAUACUGCCAUGAACACCUCUUCAAAUCCCUGCAAAUCAGCGAUGACUUACUUUUGACGAAAUCCAGCGACAGCACGACAAGCGUCGACGCUAAGUACUACCCGUUCAAGCUACGGCCAUGGGAGGACUUCCUCGGCUCGCAGCGGACACAUUACGACGUCAUCCGCGAGGUCCUCAACGGCACUCAGCUGUUACCAUCUCUAUCGUGCGAUGACAUUGCUUUCCCCAUCGAGUACAAAGCAGCACACAAGAUUGGCGUCCAAGUCUUCGAAGCAGCGCUGCAAAAGGAAGACUUAUUUGACCAAGUACUCUCAAACGUAUUAGGCCACAAGUUAUCCACUGGUCAUGACCGUGACAACGACCGGGGGGACGAAAAGGUCGCCAAAGCCUUGGCUCAGAUCUUCCACUUCAUGGUUUGCUGUCGAAGCACCUUCGGGUAUCUCACUAGGGGCCAUUCCCUAAUCUUUCUACGGAUUGAUGAAGAUGCUCAGGUGCUGUAUCAUCACAUGGUGCAGCCAGACAAGGAUGUCGACGGCCAGGCCACAGAUCUAUUCUUCACAGGAGUUACGCAGCUGUCGGCUUUUUGUUUGAAGAGCUUCCUAGAGCCUAGAAAGACCAAAGAGUGGCUUCUGCGGGAGCAGGCCAGUCUUCAAACGUGGCCCAACCCGUAUCCUGAAAUGCGUGAGCCGACCGCAGAGGGUCCGCCAUCAUCACCUAAAGCACCAUCAACUGUACCAUAUAUUGCAUCAUCUCCAUCUGCCAAAAACGAACCCUCUCAGUCCCCGCCCGUUCGGCUUACUAGGUCAUCACGCAAGGAUAUAGAGCUCGUGGGGGUAGGGAGUGGCCCCGGCGACACCGAUAGUGAUGAGGACCACCACAGUGACGACGCAGGCAUCCAGCCAUCAAUGCCAGAGGCAGUCAGUGGUUCGAAAAAACGAAAGAAAGGGAUCUCGGAUAGUGAACAUUUUGCGAGCACUGACGGGUCUUCGUUCAAGCUUGACGCUCAGCAGUACUGCACGCAAGCCUGCCUCUGGGGCCUCAUAAGGCGGGAUCUACUCGACGAAAAGUGUCCCAAUGUGGCUCUCCAUCGUUCUCCAGAAGGGGGCUCUCGCCACCAUAUCGACAUCCGCGAGUUUAUACAGCUUUUGAACGCUCAGAUAGGCGAGGCAUGUUAUCGUUACCGCUACUGCCAGCCUAUGGAUGGCAAGUAUGGGGCAAGGGGACAGCUCUUCAAGCUGUCAUUGCGGAAACACGGUUACACAUUUGUUGGCAAGGGAACCUUUGCCGCUGCCCUGCCGAGCAUUAAACACGAGUCGGAGGUCUACUCGAGACUGAACUCGGUACAAGGGCACGUCGUUCCUGUUUACCUCGGAAGCGCCGACCUUCAGACACCUUGCCCGCUCCCGAUGGCUUUUAUUGUCCAUAUGCUGCUGUUAUCAUGGGGAGGGGAUCGAAUGCCCGAGGGGCCUUGCGCCGAGGAACAACAAGAGUCAUUGAAGAGGCUUCUUCUUAUACAUGGUGUCUCUCACAACGACAUGCGGAAUCGAAACAUGCUUUGGAAUGAGGAGUGUGGGGCGGUUAUGCUUAUUGACUUUUACUGUGGCACGAUGCAGCUGCCGGCCAAGCACAAGCAGAUAUCAAGGCUGUCUGGUAAAAGGAAAAGACGAGCGAGCGACACUGGGGUUUCCAGGCACAAGGCAAUUCCCUCCUCGAGGCUUUACUAUUAG